AAAAAACAAAGCAUUGGACGGCCAAUUCGCAAGGAACGAAGAAAUUUCCCCAAAAAGAAAAUCUCGUACUGUUCCGCUUGUUCUUCUUCUCCCCUUGCCCACCUCACCAACCAGGCACCCACCACCGCCUCCGCCCGGCCGCUCUCCCGCCAUGAAGCAGCUCCACAAGUCGUCCCCCACCCACGCACUGUCGCCGGCGCACGCGCCGGCGCCCAAGUUUGCCAAGCCCGCGCGCCCCGGCCCGCGCUCCUGGCUCGGGUACCUCCUCCGCGAGCAGCGCCUCCUCUUCGUCGUCCUCGGCGCGCUCAUAGCCUCCACAUUCUUCCUCCUACGCCCCUACCUCUCGCUCUCCCCCUCCUCCCAAUUCCCGGACCGCCGCCCGCUAUUCUCCUUCGCGGAUCACUCCCGCGUACCCACCGGCUUCCGCCCGCCGCCGCGCCGCGUCGUCGUGACUGGCGGGGCCGGGUUCGUGGGCAGCCACCUCGUGGACCGGCUGCUGGAGCAGGGGGACAGCGUGAUCGUGGUCGACAACUUCUUCACCGGGAGGAAGGAGAACGUCGCGCACCACCUCCGGAACCCCAGGUUUGAGCUGCUCCGCCACGACGUCGUCGAGCCCAUUCUCCUCGAGGUCGACCGGAUCUACCACCUCGCGUGCCCUGCGUCGCCCGUGCACUACAAGUACAAUCCGAUCAAGACGAUCAAGACAAAUGUCAUGGGAACCUUGAAUAUGUUGGGUCUGGCAAAGCGAAUUGGUGCAAGGUUCUUAUUGACCAGCACAAGUGAAGUUUAUGGUGAUCCACUUGAGCAUCCACAGAAGGAGUCUUACUGGGGGCAUGUUAAUCCUAUAGGUGUUAGGAGCUGUUAUGAUGAGGGGAAAAGAACAGCAGAGACUUUAUCCAUGGACUAUCACCGUGGUGGUGGUGUUGAGGUGCGAAUUGCUCGCAUUUUCAAUACAUAUGGUCCUCGUAUGUGCCUAGAUGAUGGUCGUGUGGUCAGCAAUUUUGUUGCACAGGCACUACGUAGGCAACCAAUGACAGUUUAUGGUGAUGGAAAACAAACUCGAAGUUUCCAAUAUGUUUCUGAUCUGGUUGCUGGAUUGAUGGCUCUCAUGGAGAGUGAUCAUAUCGGUCCUUUCAACUUGGGAAACCCAGGGGAGUUCACCAUGUUGGAGCUAGCACAGGUUGUGAAGGAAACAAUUGACCCGAUGGCAACAAUUGAAUUCAAAACAAAUACGGCUGAUGAUCCCCAUAUGAGAAAGCCAGAUAUCACCAAGGCCAAGGAACUGCUACAUUGGGAGCCAAAAGUCUCUCUCAGGGAAGGCCUUCCGUUAAUGGUGACAGACUUCCGUCAAAGGAUCUUGGAUGAGUAAUCAAAGCAAUGCUGUGGUAUUGACUAUCCAUUUGAUUCUGAAUGAUGCUGCAAAUAUAGUCGGAAGCACUUCACCAACUGAAUCCAUGCAGUACAAUAUACUGUAUACACGAUAGUUGAAUCACUUAGGCCCCAUUUGGACCAUGGGGAUUCCAUAGUAUUUCUACGGGAAUAAUACUGUUGCGUGUGAAAUAGCUGCAAAGUUCAUUUGGAGUUUUAUUAAUUUUAUUUUUAUCUUGGUGAGACAGAACAAAGUAGUUGAAUAUUUUUUGUGCAUGUGUGGAAUUCCUGAAUUGCUGUCAGCGAGAGAUAGGAUAUUUGCUGUAUUUCAGGAGCUUUCGUAACAUGACAUCAUGGAUACUUCAUUAUGUGAAAAAUGUAAUGGAAUGAGUUUUCCAGCUCAGUAUUGUUGCUGUUA